CUAAACCCACAACAGGAAAAUCAGUCUGUAUAUGCAGUAAAGCAUGCUUGUUAUACUCACUGUGGAACCUAAGGGGUUAAUCGACUGCAUUGCGAGGAUGUUUAGUCCUGUCUUCUCUGUCUCCAAUCCAUCUGCUGAUAGAACAGAGCCCUGGGGGCAAGCUGCUCAUGCUCAGUUUGGUGUGCAUUGCUAGAGAGGUUUUUUUUUCUUACGAGAAUGUCCAUGAUCAGCACUG